UCCCACCCACCCAUUAUGUAAUCAAACCACGGGGUCAGCUUGAGCAACCAUACGCUUUAAAGUAGAAAAAUUGUGAAGACUUCCUCCUUCCACUCCACGACCAUAGAAGGCGACCUACCUACCUACCUACUUCUGUGCAGCACCAGCUUGUGUUGAAAAGACCACAAUGGCUCAGCAACCGCUUCUGUCGCUGCCCGAGUUUCAGAGCGUUUCCACGGGGACUUUGGUGGUGAAGGAGCCGCUGAAUUUUUGGGGAGGAGCGAGAGUGAAGCCGAAGGACACAAAGAACUCCGAACCAGUAUACGAACCUGCAACUGGCCGUGUGCUGUGUGAUAUGAUUCCCUGUGGAGAGGAGGAGGUAGAUGCGGCCAUAAAAAGUGCUCAUUCUGCAUACCUAAAAUGGAGCAAAUUAUCAGGAAUGGAGAGGGCCCGGAUCAUGCUGGAGGCUGCCAGAAUUAUUAGGGAGCGCAGAGAUGCAAUUGCAAGAGCAGAAGUGGCAAACAACGGCAAAUCUAUCACAGAGGCUGAGGUGGACAUUGAUGUUGCUUGGCAGUGUAUUGAGUACUAUGCUGGCAUUGCCCCCACUUUGUCAGGCCAGCAUAUACAGCUUCCAGGAGGAUCUUUUGCCUAUACCAGAAGAGAGCCACUGGGAGUAUGUGUUGGCAUUGGAGCUUGGAACUACCCAUUCCAGAUUGCUGCCUGGAAGUCCGCCCCUGCUAUGGCCUGUGGCAAUGCUAUGGUGUUUAAACCAUCUCCCAUGACCCCAGUGACAGCAAUCAUGUUGGCAGAGAUCUACAAAGAGGCAGGUGUCCCAGAUGGACUCUUUAACGUGGUACAAGGAGGAGCUGAGACUGGAGGACUGCUGUGUCACCAUCCCAUGGUGGCCAAAGUGUCCUUCACCGGCAGCGUUCCCACGGGAAAGAAGGUUAUGGAGAUGGCUGCUAAAGGUGUGAAGCAGGUGACUCUGGAGCUUGGAGGAAAGUCCCCACUGAUCAUCUUUAAGGACUGUGAACUGGAGAAUGCGAUAAAAGGAGCUCUCAUGGCCAACUUCCUCACCCAGGGAGAGGUCUGCUGCAAUGGAACACGGGUGUUUGUGCAGCGGGAAAUCAUGCCACAGUUCUUGGAGGAAGUGGUGAAGAGGACCAAGGCCAUUGCUGUUGGGGAUCCGUUGUGCAAAGAUACACGCAUGGGUGCCCUCAUAAGCAAACCUCACAUGGAAAAAGUGCUUGGCUUCAUCAAACAAGCUAAAGAACAGGGUGGAAAGGUUUUAUGUGGAGGAGAACGAUUUGUUCCUAGUGAUCCAAAACUAAAAGAUGGGUACUUCGUCUCCCCAUGUGUACUGGAUAACUGCAGGGAUGAUAUGACCUGUGUGAAGGAGGAGAUAUUUGGCCCUGUGAUGUCGGUUCUGCCUUUUGACACAGAGGAGGAAGUUCUUCAAAGAGCCAACAACACAACCUUUGGCUUGGCAUCUGGAGUCUUCACCAGGGAUAUAGCUCGUGCCCACAGAGUUGCUGAAAACCUUCAAGCAGGAACAUGCUACAUCAACAACUACAAUGUUGGCCCGGUGGAAGUUCCUUUUGGAGGCUACAAAAUGUCAGGGUUUGGAAGGGAGAACGGACAAGUGACCAUCGAGUACUACUCUCAGCUUAAGACCGUCGUGGUGGAAAUGGGAGAUGUGGAAAGCCUCUUUUAGGUUAUUGUGGUGUUAACUACCAGCAUUCCUGAUAGCAAUGUGAUUUCCAAAAUGCACAGAUCUAGCUAUAGUUAUGAAGUUUGCUGUGUAAUGUUUAAAAAUACAUUUAAUAACUAAACUUCACUUGAAAUAGCCAAGCUAAAUGGUUGUCUUAGACUUCCAGAUUUUGUUGGUAUAUUACCAACAUGUAAGAACACUAUAAAAGGCUUCAGUUCUGUUAAAUGUUUGAGAAACAGAAUUGUUUCAUUAAAACAAGCUCAUUAAAAACAAGUGCCUUCUAAUAUAUUUCUACUACAGUUUUAUGGUCUCCUGGUGUUAAGAAUUGUUUUUCAUCACUUUGUCCCUAUCUCUCAGUGCCAUGAAGAAUUCGUGUUAGACUGGUGGUUGACAAGUUUGUAAUAUUCAAAUAAAAUGAGCAAGAGCAAAA